UCUACUCUAGGUUCAUCGCCACGCCGGCUCCGAUCUGCGUUUUCCUCCGAGUGCCGGCUCCAAGCGUCAGAAGCCGAGGCGAUGCUCUCGGGCACCCGGGCUGCGGCCGCGGAAUGUGAUGACGCGGAGCUGCGGUGCCGCGUAGCAGUGGAGGAGCUAAGCCCCGGCGGGCAGCCGCGAAGGCGCCAGGCCCUGCGCACCGCGGAGCUGAGCCUGGGCCGUAACGAGCGCCGCGAGCUGAUGCUGCGGCUGCAGGCUCCGGGGCCCGCGGGGCGGCCGCGCUGCUUCCCGCUGCGCGCCGCGCGCCUCUUCACGCGCUUCGCCGCCGCGGGGCGCUCCACAUUGCGGCUGCCGGCCGCCUGCGCCCCGCGCCCGGGCGCGGUGCAGCUGCUGCUCUCCGACUGCCCGCCCGACCGCCUGCGCCGCUUUCUGCGCACGCUGCGCCUCAAGCUCGCCACGGCCCCGGGGCCCGGACCGGCUUCUGCCCGCGCGCAGCUGCUCGGCCCACGGCCCCGAGACUUCGUCACGGUCAGCCCCGUGCAGCCCGAGGAGCUGCAGCGCGUGGCGGCGCCCCGGGGGCCGGACACUACUCUGGAGAAGCAGCCUGAGGAGCCGGGGAGAAGCGCCAGGCCCACCACGGAUGCCCCAAGGUGGCCGCUGCCUGUGAAGAGGCUGAACUUGCCGCCUGCCAAGCGGCAGCUCUCGGAGGAGCAGGCUGCCGUGCUGGGGGCCGUCCUGCGAGGCCAGAGUGUCUUCUUCACCGGCAGUGCAGGAACAGGGAAGUCAUACCUGCUGAAGCGUAUCCUGGGCUCCCUGCCCCCCACAGGCACUGUGGCCACUGCCAGCACCGGGGUGGCAGCCUGCCACAUCGGGGGUACCACCCUCCAUGCCUUUGCGGGCAUUGGCUCUGGCCAGGCUCCUCUGGCCCAGUGUGUGGCCCUGGCCCAGCGGCCGGGGGUGCGGCAGGGCUGGCUGAGCUGCCAGCGGCUGGUCAUUGACGAGAUCUCCAUGGUGGAGGCGGACCUGUUUGACAAGCUGGAGGCCGUGGCCAGAGCUGUGCGGCAGCAGAAUAAGCCGUUUGGAGGGAUCCAGCUCAUCAUCUGUGGGGACUUCCUGCAGCUGCCACCGGUAACCAAGGGCUCCCAGCCCCCACGCUUCUGCUUCCAGGCCAAAAGCUGGAGGCGGUGUGUGCCUGUGACCCUGGAGCUGACAGAGGUGUGGAGGCAGACAGACCAGACCUUCAUCUCUCUGCUGCAGGCUGUGAGGCUGGGAAGGUGCUCCGAUGAGGUGACCCGCCAGCUCCGGGCCACAGCCGCCCAUAAGGUGGGGCGGGACGGAAUCGUGGCUACCAGGCUGUGCACUCACCAGGAUGACGUGGCCCUCACCAAUGAGAAGCGGCUGCAGGAGCUGCCAGGUGAGAUACACAGCUUUGAGGCUAUGGACAGUGACCCCGAGCUAGCCCAGACCUUGGAUGCCCAGUGUCCCGUCGGCCGACUUCUGCAGCUAAAGCGGGGGGCCCAGGUGAUGCUGGUGAAGAACCUAGCGGUGUCACGGGGCCUGGUGAAUGGUGCCCGAGGGGUGGUGGUAGGGUUCGAGGCUGAAGGGAGAGGGCUGCCCCAGGUGCGGUUCCUGUGCGGGGUCACUGAGGUCAUCCAUGUGGACCGCUGGACGGUGAACGGCACGGGGGGCCAGGUCCUCAGCCGGAAGCAGCUGCCCCUCCAGCUGGCCUGGGCACUGUCCAUCCACAAGAGCCAGGGCAUGUCUCUGGACUGCGUGGAGAUCUCCCUGGGCCGUGUGUUUGCCAGUGGCCAGGCCUAUGUGGCCCUCUCCCGGGCCCGCAGCCUGCAGGGCCUUCGCGUCCUUGACUUUGACCCCGCGGUGGUUCGCUGUGACCCCCGCGUGCUGCACUUCUACGCCACCCUGCGGCGGGCCAGGGGCCUCAGUCUGGAGUCCCCAAGUGACAACGAGGCUGUCUCCGACCAGGAGAACGUGGAUCCAGGCCUCUGAGCCUCGGCUACAAAGAGAGGGCAAAGGCUGGUGCCCAUCGUCCUGCUCCCUUGUGGGCUAGGACCCCGCAGAGUAACGGGGAG